AUGCAUCAAAAUGAACUGUGUGGUUUUCCAGGCAUGAUAGGCAGCAUUGAUUGCAUGCAUUGGGAAUGGAAGAACUGUCCAACGGCUUGGAAAGCGCAGUAUGCCGGUAGAAAUAAGAAAGCAACGCUAAUACUGGAAGCCGUUGCGGAUCGAGAUUUAUGGAUCUGGCAUUCCUUCUUUGGUAUUCCCAAAUCUUGUAAUGAUCUUAAUGUGUUUUACCAUUCACCAGUGUUCGAUGAGGUUUUGCAUGGUCGAGCUCCUCCGGUAAAUUUUACAGUUAACGGCCAUGAAUACAACAUGGCUUAUUACUUAGCCGACGGCAUUUAUCCAAAGUGGGCAACUUUUAUUCAUGGUAUCACACACCCUCAACUUCAAAAGGAUAAAAUGUUCGCUUACCACCAGGCUGCUGCUCGGAAGGACGUUGAAAGAGCUUUCGGUGUUUUGCAAGCUCGAUUUGCAAUAAUACGAAAAUUGUCACUGGCGUACGAUGAGGACAUACUGCGGGACAUAAUGAAAGCAUGUAUCAUUAUGCACAACAUGAUUGUUGAAGAUGAGCGCCACAACUACACUUGA